AGAAAUGAAUUAAGCUUUUUGUAUCCACCAUUCGAACUUCAAAUUUUAAGCUUCCAUUCUCUGUAUUUCUGAUUCUCAUUUUACUAAAAUUCACACCAUCAAAAUGUACAGUUAUUUGUAGAAAAAAAAUUGACUGGAUUAAUGGAUAUUGCUGAGAUUAUUGGGGAGACAACAACAAAGUCAAUGACUUUGCCAACAAAGAGUGCAAUUUAUAUAUGGGGAUACAACCAGAAUGGGCAAACUGGCAGAAAAGGGAAGGAGCAACAGUUGAGAAUUCCUAAACAGCUUCCUCCUGAUCUUUUUGGGUGCCCUGCUGGUGCUAAUGCUCGUUGGCUAGAUAUCUCUUGUGGCCGUGAACACACUGCUGCUGUUGCCUCUGAUGGCUCUCUCUUCACUUGGGGUGCUAAUGAAUUUGGUCAACUCGGAGAUGGAACUGAGGAUGUUAGGAAGUACCCACAGAAAGUAAAGGAAUUGGAGACUGAGUUUGUGAAAUCUGUAUCUUGUGGAGCAAAUUGUACCGCGGCAAUUGCAGAACCUCGUGAAAAUGACGGAACCAUAUCAAGCAGUAGACUUUGGGUUUGGGGACAAAAUCAAGGAUCAAAUUAUCCACGAUUAUUCUGGGGAGCCUUCACACCAAAUACGAUUGUCCGUCAAGUAUCUUGUGGUGCAGUUCAUGUGGUGGCUUUAUCAGAUGAUGGCCGACUGCAAGCUUGGGGCUACAAUGAAUGCGGUCAACUGGGCAGAGGUAUUACUUGUGAAGGACUGCAAGGGCCUCGUGUAAUAAAUGCUUAUGCAAAAUUUCUCGAUGAAGCCCCUGAGCUUGUGAAGAUUACCCGGGUAUCAUGUGGGGAGUACCACACAGCAGCCAUUUCUGACAAAGGCGAGCUCUAUACUUGGGGGCUUGGGAAUAUGGGCCAACUUGGGCAUACUUCUCUUCAGUCUGGGGAUAAAGAGUUAUUGCCUAGGCGAGUGGUAGCCCUCGACGGAGUUGUGAUAACGGAUGUUGCGUGUGGAGGCGUACAUACCUGUGCUGUGACUCAGAAAGGAGCUCUUUAUGCUUGGGGUGGUAGUCAGGCUGGGCAGUUGGGCCUUGGGCCACAGACUGGAUCUUUUUCAUUCAUUCCAAGUGAUACGGAAUCAUUUCUUCGGAAUAUCCCUGCUUUGGUUCUCCCAACAGAUGUGCAGCUUGUUGCCUGUGGACAUUCUCGCACACUCGUUUGUUUGAGGGAUGGACGAAUACAUGGAUGGGGUUAUAAUAGCUACGGGCAGGCAGCUAAUGAGAAAACUACAUAUGCUUGGUAUCCGUCACCAGUUGACUGGUGUGUAGGAGAGGUGAGAAAACUAGCAGCUGGUGGUGGCCAUUCGGCUGUCUUGACUGAUGCUUGUUCCUUAAAAGAGCUGUGCGAGUUUAGACUUGCAGAUAAUGUGACGCUAUCAAACGCUUCAGAGAUUGAGGAUGUUGCGUCUAGAACUGGUGCAGAUGCUUUAGCUCGCCUUUGCGGAAGAUUGAGGGAACAUUUGCUUGAUGGCGGCGAGAUAGAUUAUGAAGAUGAUGAGACUGGAAUUGGGAAGAAGUAAAGGAAUAAUCGGACCUUGGCUCAGAACUUUCUGAUCAUCGUCUAGUACGUAAUUCUAAAUUGCUAUUUUUAGAGCAAUCUAAUCAGAACUGUAAAAUUCAUGAACUGUGUUAUUUCAGAUGAAUUAGGGUAUUCCUGUAUUGUAUAAAGAUGGAAAAUCCCUAUUUAAAUCCUUAUGUGGAUAGAAUUUCUACAUAAGAUGUAUCGGUGUCUGUAAAAUAAAGAUUAUCACCUUGAUGAAGGUGUAUACCGGUGUCGGUAAAAUCAAUCAUCUCCGGUUGAUGAUAGGAUUGUACUUGGACAUUUUGAUUGAACGUAUAUAAGAUAUGGUCAUUGUCAGACUUAAA